UCGUUUCGCAGAGUGGUGAACGCACGCAAACGCAACGAUACAACGACGAGUUUCCCAGAUGGGACUUGCAGGGAACAGGACUUGAGAGACUCUCCCGACAAACAAACACACGAUAAUAAAUGUGCCAGAAAUGUUCUUCAGGAAGUGCGCGAAAUGUCCUGCCGGUGACCAGUUCUCUUGUGCUUCUGUUGUGCUCUUCUUAGUUCUUAUUGGAUUUUUACACACUUCAUCAGCGCAAGAGGUAAAAUGCGGCCAUCCAGCUGUCCCCGUCAACGCCCAGGUGGGUCUCAGCUCUCCCGAUUUGAAGGCAGGAACCACGGCUCUGUACACCUGCGACGAUGGGUACGAAACGUUCGGUAACACCAUCUUGACAUGCACAGCCCAGGGGAAAUGGUCUGGUGAACUUCCGUUCUGCGGAACGAAUAUCGCGUAUAGAAAACCGGCGAAUCAGUCGACCACUGUGAGGGGUGGUGUUGCUCUGAACGCUAACGAUGGGGAGAAGAGCAACGAACACGAUGGAAAGAGGUGUUCUGAGACACAGAAGGAGGUAAGUCCUUGGUGGCACGUGGACCUACUGCGGCCCUACCCUGUUAAGGUUGUCAGGGUUACGACGCGUGGAUGCUGUGGUCAUCAGCCGCUGCAGGAUCUCGAGAUCCGCGUUGGUAACAGCAGCUCAGAUCUUCAGAGGAAUCCACUUUGCGCUUGGUUUCCAGGAACCAUUGAUGAGGGAGUCACAAAGACUUUUACUUGCGCCCGUUCUUUGGUCGGACAAUACGUCUUUCUGCAGCUGGUAGGAGUCGAAGGAUCAUUGUCUCUCUGCGAAGUGGAAGUCUUCACAACUGAUGAAUUCUCAAUUGAUAGAUGCGCUCCGAAAGCUGCGGCUGCUGAUGCAGAGUUGGCAGCAUUCGCGAGGACAUGCUACGAGUUUCGCGUGAAUCGUGGAGGAUCCUUCGCCGAGGCUCGAAAUUACUGCAAAGGAUUCAACGGGGAUCUGGCGCACGGCAUGAAUCCCGGCCAAACAUCCUUCCUCUAUUCCGAGCUGGAGCGAAGGAAACCUCAGCUGAAGACGCAGCUGGUGUGGAUCGGCGCCCAGAAGGAACCAGGUCUGACCUCGAGGACGUGGAAAUGGGUGAACGGUGACAUGGUGGUUCGUCCAUCCUGGGGCAAGGAUCAACCCAACAACUAUAACGGGGAGCAGAACUGUGCAGUCCUGGACGGAGGACGAGGUUGGCUGUGGAACGACGUGGGCUGUAACCUGGAUUAUCUACCAUGGAUCUGCCAACACAAUCCAUCCUCGUGCGGAAGUCCGGACAAACAGUUAAACUCGACGAUUUCCGGCUCCAAUUAUAGUAUAGGUGGAUUGAUUCAGUACAGAUGUCCGGACGGUCAUAUGCUCGUUGGCAAUGCGAGCAGAUCCUGUGGGAAGGAAGGAUUCUGGUCCGGAUCGGCGCCCACGUGCAAAUAUAUUGACUGUGGAGGAUUGCCGGACUUGGAGCACGGUUCCGUAACGCUCGUCGGUGGUAGAAGCACCUUUGGAGCGGUUGCAAAAUACGCCUGUCACGAGAACUACACACUAACAGGAAUUGAACAGAGGAAAUGCGAAGAGCACGGAAUUUGGAGCGAAAAAACUCCUCAGUGUCUCUUCGACUGGUGUCCGGAUCCACCAGAAAUUAACGGAGGAAUAGUGAAAGUGACGGGUCACAGAAACGGAGAUACGGCCACUUAUGUUUGUCAAUCCGGCUACAUUCUCUUCGGCCAGGCGAUAAUAUCCUGCCAGAAGGGAGGCGAAUGGUCGGGAAAAGCUCCAUCCUGCAAGUACGUGGACUGCGGUUCGCCACCUUACAUUGGUAACGGAAGAUAUGAACUACUGAAUUCGACGACCACCGUGGACAGCAUCGUCGAGUACAGCUGCGGUGAUGACUACUGGUUGGACGGAGAUAAAGUUCAGAGAUGCGGUAAAGAAGGAAAAUGGUCUUCGGAUGCUCCAUCCUGCGAACUGAUUGAUUGCGAAGAACCAGACGUGCCAUCCGGAUCGUACGUUAUUGGUUACGACUUCAACGUGCAUUCGACCAUUACGUAUAAUUGCGAAGUGGGUCAUAUACUUAGAGGAGAGCAGAACAGGACUUGCAUGCGGGAUGGCGUGUGGUCAGGUAGCACACCCACGUGUGAAUACAUUGACUGCGGUAAAGUGCCAUCGCUCCUUUACGGCAACACCGAUUACAUCAACGAGACCACUUAUCUGGACAGCCAGAUCAGCUAUAGCUGCACGAGAAACUACAGGCUAACAGGAGUUCCUAGAAGAAUCUGCUUGGAAAAUAGACAGUGGAGCGACAACUCGCCGAAAUGCGAAGAAAUAAGAUGUCCGGAUCCAGUGCUUCCGGAACACGGAAUACUGUCGGUAACCGGAAACGAUCGAAUGUAUGGAAGGACGAUUAUCCGAACGGCGGAAUCAGGAUCCGGGUCGUCGACCUACAAGAUCGGAGCUCUUGUGAAGUACCGCUGUGAAAGAGGACACAAGGUGGUCGGAGAGCCGCUCAGCACUUGUGAGGACACCGGCCAAUGGAGUGGAAGCGUACCACAAUGCAUAUUUGUUGAUUGCGGAGAUCCAGCGAAAUUCCAGAACGGCGUCCUUAACUUGGCCUCGAAUGCCACCUACUACGGAGCCGGAGUUCUCUACACCUGCGACGCCAACUUCGAGCUGGAUGGCGUGAAGAGACGAUCGUGUUUGGAGAAUGGAACUUGGAGUUCUGAUGCUCCGAGCUGCAAGGAAAUCCAGUGCAAAGAUCCGGACACCUUCGAGGGUGUUUCCUUCCAAGUUAGCACGCAUAGCGUUGGAGGUAUCGCCAAGUACGGAUGCCCGAAAGGACACGAAAUGCAGGGCAACAGUACCAGGGUGUGCCUGGAGAAAGGUUCCUGGAGCGGAAGAGCUCCCUCCUGCAAAGCCGUGGAUUGCAAACGGCCGCCGCAAAUCCAAAACGGAAGGGUCAUCGUUGCGAACGGCACUGUGUACACUUCUUCCGUUGAGUACCAUUGCAUACCUGAGUUCAAGAGGAUCGGGGCUUACAUCAGGAAGUGCAUGGAGAAUGGACAUUGGUCUGGGGAAGAACCCACUUGUGAGGUUUCCAUAGGGGAGACCGAAGAUCCGUCCAGCUUAGGAACAAAUAUCGGCAUCGGAUCCGGAAUUGUCAUUGUCAUCCUCAUCAUUUUAGGCUUAAUCUAUUUAAAAUUACGAAGAGCAACGCCUGUUAAGAAUACGGAAAACGUGGAGGCAGCUGAAAGGAAGGAGGACAGAAAUGCGGCAGUGAUGAGUUACUCUACGUUGAGUGACAGGAACGGAUACGGAGGAUCGCAUUUAGGUCCAAACAUCUAUGAGAACAUCCACGACGAGAACAUGUACGACGCGCCAUACGAAGAGACGAGCAGAGAUAGUGGAACGUACGAACCUGAGCCGGUCGGAAGGAACGGUAACGUGGUGACGAUAAACGGGGUCUCAGUGCGAUGAAAAAAACCAAAAUUAUUUUGUUUCUUUUAUUUGUUGUUUUUUUUUGUAAAUUAUUAUUCUUUUGUUUUCCGUUUUGUUCCUCCACUAAUAACGAUUAUUAUUAUCAUUGCGCUGCAAGAGAACAAGGAAAACAAACUAUUAUUAUUAUUAUUACUUCCCCUCUCCAUUUGUGAUGAUGAUGUUGAUUAGAUA